AUGGCUGUCAAGGCACGAGCCAAAGGGGGACGCGCCGCCCACUUGAAAAGCGCGUCCCAACAACCAUCAACUUUGCGACGGUCGAGACGACUGCUAAGGAGUCGCAGUCGAGAACCCGAAAAUACCCAUGUGCUUGCGGCUCCAUCUAAGUAUUCUAAUUCUUCAUCCAAAGCCCCGUUCUCCCCAUUGAACGAGGAUGAAUCUCGGCAUCAGGCCGUACCCCACACCCCGACGAGGGAAAAUCGCGGUGGGAAGGCAGUGUCGAAGUCUGGUAACAAUGAACUAUCGCCUGUGUUUAAAACCCCUGCCAGGAAUGCUGCCAAUUUCAAUACAAAUCUUACCAGGCAGAACUCAAGGCGCAGCGAACGAUCUAUCCCGGAAUCACCAGUCGACCACGGCAACAUUACCGGCACAACUUUACUAGCCACUGACUCCGAUCAUGAGUCGCGAGAUAUGGAUCCCAGCAUCAUGGUCGAAGCUUUGCCCGACCUGGAAACUUGGGCAAACAACGCUCUGCGGAUUCUAGCUCCUCGCGUGUUUUCCUACACCAACGUGCUGAACAGCCUUGGUACAUCCAGCUUUCGAGCAAGAGUCAAACGUGUAGAGCAGACAUUUGAGACGCAAAAGAAGUGCUUUGGUGGCCAGCACUUCAUCCCUAUCGAUGCUGCGGCAGAAAUGCUGCCAUCUCUAGAACAUGUUCCAUGGUAUCCACACCUAUAUUUUCAGAAGGCCAACCUUGCCCAGCUCGCUUUGGACUUAAUUCCUUUUCGUGGAAAAAACACUUCCUUUACGGAGGGCCACUUUUGGGAACUUGAUGAAUUAUUUCCGACAUUCUUCAUCAGUUCGUUCGAAUCUCAAGAAGAUGACGAACUUCCCAAGCUAGGCCAGAGCGCUCUCCUGGCGGAAACUUUUAAGCUGGGGCUUGAAGUCCGCACCCAACUUGCCGUUAUUUACCUUCGAAGUGAACAAGAAUCAUCCUCGAAAUUUGAUCCCUUCGAGCUGUUGGCUGAGGUUUUCAUGGUGUCUACGGACGAAGGGGAUGAAGUCGAAAAGCUAAGGGGUUGGCAACUUGAUGGCCUUGACGCCGAAUAUGGCAAAAUCUCCGACCAAUUUCUUAAUGAAACCCAUGAACGUAUGAUGGCUAUUCAAGAAUGUUUUGUCUUUGGAGAUGUCAUCAAUCCUGUUGAUUUUGCGAAGCUGGAAUCGGCGUUCCCUUGGUCGGACUUCGUCACCCAAGCAGCUAAAUGGAUCCGUAUGAGGGUGGAUGAGAUUGAUGAGAAACUAGAGGAUCAAUCUUCUCUUGACGAAGCUCUUGAGAUGCUGCAAACUGAAGUUGAUCGAAGAUCAAGCCUUGAUCAGCGGGUUAUCUCUUCGUUGCGACAAUCGACAGAUUCAGUAGCUCAGCCCAAAAACACAUUAGGAGAUGAGGAGAAGGGAGUUGGGGAACCUCAGGAAAUAGAACCCACAAGCACAAGGAAAUCCAUGUUCUCAAUUGGAAAAGGAAUUUUCAAGUCUAUGGCCUCCGUAUCCCACUUGGUGAAUCUCCAGACCCGCGUGGAUUCAUCUUUGGCUGGUCCCGCUCAUACCCUGCACAUUGAUCAUCCUUCAAAAAGUACAACGCACGAAUCCUCUGUAGCUACGUCUGGAGAUUCGUCGACUGCAGAAGCCAAUAUUGAUGCAGAAUCACCUCCACCAAGUGUAUGUCGCAGUUCCCACCGGUCCAGCUCACGCCCAUUGCGUCAGAGUGCCACCCCCUCCAAGCAGAGAGAACAAACACGACAUGACGUAACUGAGAAGCAACCCGCUGCUGCUCUUUCUACACAGCAAAUCGCACGUUUUAAAACCCCCCCUGCGGCAUUUAUCGAUCGUCAAGAUGAUGCUCGCCGGUUAUCCCCAAUUGAUUCAAGUCCAUUAUCAUCCAGUAAAAGCCAGGUGAAUGGCCGUUCCAGGAAACGUCAGGCUUCCGAGGUUGAGCAAAGCGAUGACCAUGUUGAAGAAGAAGAUAUAUCCAGUGAUGAAGAGGGCUUUGAAGUGGACACCCGCAAUAUCCCCGCUGAGAGAAAAAGGGCUUCGACAGCGAAACUGCAGUCUUCAAAACGGCGACGCACCGAGAACGAACAGCGCAACCCCUCUGAAGAACGCUCAACUGAGCAACGUGCAUCUGCCACUCCACAAAAGCCAUCCGAACGCCGGAGGAACAAUCGUGCCAAAUCCAGGUUGUUUGAGGCUGGAAACGAAGGGGAGGAUGGACAGCCAUCAUGUGAUCCUACCCAAAUGGCUCGACGAAUACGAAAACCUGGUGGUGGCAGGAUCCCAUGGUCGGUAGACGAGUGCAACCAGCUUAAAAAUUUGAUUAUAGGAUUUGGGCCGAAGUGGUCGAAAAUCAAACAUUAUGACGACAGUUUGGAGGAACCGAAGCUGGGUCUUCGGGAUCAAGUGAACCUUAAAGAUAAGGCCAGGCAGAUGUCUGUUGAUUUCUAUAAAGCCGGCCAGCCGCUUCCUGAAAACUUCGAAAAGGUCCCCCUCAAAACCGAGGACAAACGCAAAUUGCGAGAUAUGGGAGUAGCGGUUUUCGAAGAUCUGCCUGACGAUGAGUAA